ACAUCAAGCUUGUUUUAUAUAUAUUAGCACAACAAGAAAACAUACACGAGAACCAACCAAAAUUUCCAAAUAGUAAUUAAUAUUGCUUUUUUCUUUUGUACCCAAUGGCUUUCUCUACACUUGCACCAUAUCCAAUUAGCUUUACCAACAUAUUUCUUCCUCUAAAAAAAAGGUCCUCUUCUCUAGCAAUAUGGAACUCCAAUUUCCAUCGUACAACUCAAUGCAAGGCAACAUAUGAAGUUGCAAAUGAUCAUAGUCAAACAGUUCCUCGACGAACUUUUAAAUUCCAACCUUCAAUUUGGACCUAUGAUUAUAUUCAAUCAUUAAGUAGUGAAUAUACGUUAAUGCAGAAAGUAACGUACAAAGAGCAAAACUUAAUGCUAAGGGAAAAAGUAAGGAUGAUGUUUAAGAAGAUGGAAAGUGAGAUUGAUCAACUUGAGUUUAUUGAUGUAUUGCAAAGGCUUGGAGUUGAUUAUCAUUUCAAAAAUGAAAUAAGGAACAUGUUGGACAAUAUUCACAACACACAAACAUCCAACUUGAAGAAUAACUUAUAUGGCACAUCACUCAAGUUUAGACUCUUAAGACAACAUGGUUAUAAUAUAUCUCCAGAUGUUUUUGCUUGUUUCCAAGAUAAAACGAGAAAUUUUGAGAAAUGUCAUUCUUUAGAUAUAGAGGGAAUGUUAGCACUAUAUGAAUCAUCGUUUCAUUCAUUUGAAGAGGAAACUAUAUUGGAUGAAGCAAGAAAUUUCACCACAAAAUAUCUCAAAGAGUGUGAUUUGAAUGGCAAUAGAGAUACCUACAUAUUACAUCUAAUAAAUCAUGCUUUGGAGGUUCCUUUACAUUGGAGAAUUCAUAGAUGGGAAAGUCAGUGGUUCAUUGAUGUAUAUGAAAGAAAGAAAAAUAUGAAUCCUGUUUUACUUCAAUUUGCUAAAAUGGAUUUCAACAUUGUUCAAAGUAUUUAUCAAGAAGAACUAAAGCAAGCAUCAAGAUGGUGGAAAAAAACAGGUCUCGGAGAAAAGUUGAACUUUGCUAGAGAUAGGUUGGUUGAGAACUUUGUUUGGACUGUGGGAACAAACUUCAAUCCAAAUUUGGAAUACUCUAGAAAAAUUAUAACAAAGGUGAAUGCCUUAAUUACUAUAAUUGAUGAUGUCUAUGAUGUUUAUGGUACCUUGGAAGAACUAGAACUUUUCACAAAAGCAAUUAACAGAUGGGAUCUAAAUGGCUUGGAUAGUCUUCCAACCUAUAUGAAAAUAUGUUUUGAGGCACUCUAUAACUUUGUGGAUGAAUUUGACUUUGAAAUCCAAAAUAAGAGUGGAUACCAUGUCACUCCACACCUAAAGAAAGUGUGGACAAGUCUAUGUAAAGCAUAUUUGAUUGAAGCAAAGUGGUACCAUGGUGGAUACACACCGAGCCUUGAAGAAUACUUAGAGAAUGCUUGGAUUUCUAUAAGUGUUCCUGUUAUACUUACUCAUACUUACUUUUUGAUUCAAGAUUCAUUCAAAAAGGAAGAGUUGGUUUGUUUACAAGAAAUUUCCAACAUAAUUCGGUUUUCGGCAAUGAUUUCACGCCUUGCUAAUGAUCUUGGAACAUAUAAACGUGAAAAUGAGACAGGUGAUAUUCCAAAGUCAAUUCAAUGUUACAUGAAUGAAACUGGAGCUUCGGAAAGUGAGGCUCGUGAGUACCUAAAGUCCAUGAUAUUUACAUUAUGGAAGAACAUGAAUAAAGAGACUCAUACUUCCUUUUUUUCCGAGGGUUUCAAAGAUACUAUUAUAAACCUAACUAGAAUGUCAUUGUGCAUGUACCAACAUGGAGAUGGUCAUACCAUUCAAGAUUAUGAAAUUCAGAAUCAUGUAAUGUUAUUAAUUUUUAAGCCCAUUCCUAUAGUGUCUACUAGACAAUAAAUCUGUUAGUGUGUGAAUUAUCUGUAUAGAUACAUAUUUUGACAAAUUAGCUAUUUUAUUUA